GGUUGAUCUUAGGCUUCUGAUGAGAAAAGGAAAACACAAAAAUAAAUAGCAGCGGAGAAGAAGAGUCAUUCAGCUUAUUGUUGUAUGAAUAAUGUCUUAACAGGGUGAAUGCAGAGAUCAUGGCGAUGGAAGCUAUUCAUUGCAGUUGGAACUCAAAUAAUAUUGAUCAGCCUGUCUGCACAGACAACAUCAACCUGAAUCUCCAGGGUGAAAAAAACGACUCUCCGUCUGUUAAGGACAACACUUCAAAUGUUCAUUGUAAAGACAGUCCCAAGAAACAGCAGUCCGAGGCAGAUAUACCUAAGGGCUCUGGGGCUUACCUCCACCCCCCUGCGCAAAGAAACAACCACACUCCCCCUCUUGACGAGGAGAAUCAAGCAACCACAGAGAAACUACAGCAGCUCAUAGAUGGUCUGGGUAUUGUGAAGUUGACUAAGCCAGUGGCAUUUUGGACACAGAAUGACGUCUGCAGAUGGUUAAAGAAGCACUGCCCAAGUCAGUAUCAGCUCUAUAGCGAUUCCUUCAAAGAACAUGACAUAACUGGCCGUGCUUUGCUAAGACUUACCGAGAAAAAGCUGGAGCGAAUGGGCAUUGCUCAGGAGAGCCAACGCCAGUAUGUUUUGCAGCAAGUGCUUCAGCUCAAAGUCAGAGAGGAAGUUCGAAACCUCCAGUUACUCACACAAGGUUCACAAGUGGAAUAAUGAAAAAUAAAGCUAGUGUACAUAGCACAAAUGUGAAACAGACUCACCCUUUAUUUGUGAACAUGCACCUGAGUCACAUAGACAAGA